AUGUCCGUCGCAAAGAAAUCCGUGCCAUACGUUUACCUGGGCAAGUCCGGCCUGAAGGUAUCCAAAAUCAUCCUCGGAUGCAUGUCGUACGGCAGCAAGGGCUGGCACGAGUGGGUUAUAGACGACCAAGAAGAAGUCAACAAGCACAUCAAAUAUGCAUAUGAUCAAGGUAUCCAGACAUUCGACACGGCCAAUGUGUAUUCCAACGGCCUGUCUGAAAUCAUGCUCGGCAAGGCAAUUAAGGAGCUGCAGCUGCCCCGCGAGGAACUCGUUAUUCUCACAAAGCUCUAUGCCCCGGUGGGAUCCAAGUACGAUAUGCCGCUCUUGGCGGCGAAUCCCGAGGACUUCGGCAUCAUAAAUCAGCAUGGUCUGAACCGCAAGCAUAUCUUCGACUCCGUGAAGAAGAGUCUUGAGCGCCUGCAAGUCGAGUACAUCGAUGUUUUACAGUGCCAUCGUUUCGACUAUGACACGCCGAUUGAGGAAACGCUGCAAGCCCUCCAUGACGUCGUGCAAGCGGGAUACGUGCGCUACAUCGGCAUGAGCUCGUGUUAUGCGUAUCAGUUCCACGCCAUGCAGAACUACGCCAUCCAGAACAAGCUCACGCCAUUCAUCUCGAUGCAGAACCUCCACAGCCUCAUCUACCGCGAAGAGGAGCGUGAAAUGUUCCCCACGCUCAAGUUGUUCGGAGUCGGCGCGAUCCCGUGGUCGCCCCUCGGGCGCGGCGUCCUCACCCGCCCGGUAUCUGCGCAGACGAAUCGCGGGGAGACCGAUGGCUGGGCGGGAGCAAUGAAGAAUUUUGAGAGCACGUCUGACGUCGUCACCCGGGUCGAGGAGAUCUCGAAGAAGAGGGGCGUGAGCAUGGCGCAGGUCGCGCUCGCGUGGAGCAUGUCCAAGGAGGCUGUCACCGCGCCGAUUGUAGGCACGACGAGCCUCAAGAACCUGGAGGACAUCAUCGGCGCGGUGAAUGUCGAGUUGACCCCGGAGGAGAUCAAGUCCCUCGAAGAGCCAUACAAGCCGCUUGAGGUCUUUGGGUUCGCUUGA